AUGGAAAAUGUACUUUCUUUCCACCUCAAAACAACUAGCAACACAUAUGAAUAUGGAAACACCAACGCCUUUGGCCUUCGCGCUUCUUAUGCUCCCAGACGCAGUGACGGUGAAGGUCAUGUCAGUAUGUCCAACACUGACCCCGUGGGCGGCCUCAUAGACUCGGCCCACGACCCCCGCCACGAACAACGCCCACGAGCCCCCGCCCACGGACCCACGCCCACGAGCCCCCGCCCACGAGCCCCCGCCCACGACCCCCCGCCCACCGACCCCCGCCACGAGCUCCCCGCCCGCGACCCCCCGCCCACGGAUCCACGCCCACGAGUCCCCGCCCACGGACCCACGCCCACGAGCCCCCGCCCACGACCCCCCGACUACGGACCCACGCCCACGAGACCCCGCCCACCCUGCCAGAAUGACGAUCAGACAGGGAGACUCCAAUACCUUUGCCGUGUUAUUAUCAGUAAUGGAUUAUUGAUUAGGACACGAGAUGUGUUUCCUUAUCGUGAAAUAUCUGUUCUAGAACAGGAACAGUCGUACACAAUUGCAGUAGUAACAGCUGCAGUAACACCAAUUGCAAGAGUCUUUCAUAAUAUCAGCGUUUAUACUGCCACUAGUAGGAACAACAUCGAUAACACCAUCAUAAGCAACACCACCACCAACGAGAGAAGCAUCACCACCAACAUGAAGAACCACUACACCACACCACCACCAGAACCAUUUUCUCCCACCUGGAUUUGCUACCCACCACCACUGCCAUCUCCAACAACAACAGCACCCUCCCCACCACCAUCUCCAACAAAAUUAAACCUCUACCACCAUCACCAUUAUCCUCCACAACCAGACAACGCUAUUAUCUCCAACAACACCACCCUUCCUACCACCACCCGCCAUUUCCAGCAACACCACCUCUGCCAACACCACGCACCACCACCGUCAUCUCUGCCAUCUCUAACACUCACCGUCACCACCAUCUCCAGCACCAGCUUUCCGACCACAUACUCACCAUCUUCACCACCAUCUCCAACACCGUCUCCACCAAUAGCAACACCCCUCCUACCACCACUCACAACCACCAUCCCCAACAACACCCCUCCUA